CCGACAUUUUUCUCCAUAACCUCAAAGUUUGUUUUUUCACAUGUAUUUCCAAGUUUUUCUGAUUUUUUUGGGAAAAUAGGAAAAGAAAAGGUGUACAGAGAUGUUGAUGAGACUAAGAGGGAUUCUCUUGACCAGGAGACCAUUGGGUGUUCUGUCCGGGAGACUCUUCUGCAGUCAAACUGAGAGGAAAGCUAGCAAACAUGACCUUGGCGAAGGGUCCGCAUUGAAGUAUAUUGGCAGUAAUGCAGGCAGUUGGGCAGCUCAGCAGAGUAGGAGGGGCCCCAAGGCUCAGGGAGUUUGGUAUCAGCCUUAUGUAGUAGCUCUCAGCGUGACAAUCUUCAUGAUCUACUUCUGCAUCCUCCGGGAGGAGAACGACAUUGAUCUGGAGCUGCAGAAGUCGCUGUACGAGCGAAUUGAGGGCCUGGAGGAGGCUCAGUUGCGAAUAAGGCACAAGUAUAACCUGGAAAAUGGUCUGGACGUCAAAGAGAUCGAGGCAAGAUUGGAAGAACUGGGAGCUAAGGUGUAAUCUCUAGUUGGUAGGAAUAGAAAUAAAAGUAAUUUUUCGUGUA